AUGUCAUCUUAUGAGCAGACGUAUGGACCUGUGAGGACACCGAGUGCUUCGAGUCGAAUGAACAAAUCACGGACAAACAGCCUAUCAAGAAACCCGUAUAUCGUCCAGGAGAAGAACUAUUUGAAAAAGAUCAAGAAUGACAUUACGGAUGAUUACUAUACAAAGGCUGUGAUCUCAGACCCUGCCGCAGAGAACGAGGAUGACUCCACGAUCGAUGCAGAGCUGGAUGACGAGGAACGUGACUUGCUGAUUAAUGUGGAAGUGCCAGGUGGUGCCAACUUUGAGCUGGACUAUGGCGAUACUUCGGUGGUGGAGAUCAACAGGGAUAAUCCCAAGAUCCUUGAAAGGUUGGAAUGGCAGACAAUGCUAAACCUUGUCCUUACAGGUGACGUUGUGAAAUCUGAGAAGAGAAGAAUCAUCACACAGUCAGAUACCUCUUUCCAAAGCACUUACAAGGAUAACCUUUGGCUUGGAAUAAGGGCGUAUAUACUGGGGAGAACAGAAGAGCAGCAAAGAAGAAUUCUUGAGUACUCAAGGUCCAUAGCUGAUGAGAGCUUGAACCAGAUUCUGACGUUCAAAGUUGUAAACCAAGACAAUGCACUUGCCGAGGUUCGAGACAUCGUUGAGAAAUUCUACUCCAUCAAGGAGCUGUGGAAGGAUGAAAAGGAUAUGAUUGCAGAGAAGCCAAUAGUUGCCUCGACUGCGUUUUCAGAUCGAUUGGAAACGUUGAUUUCCUGGAAAAACAUCACCAGUACGCUGGACAGAGAGGUGAAAGCGUUGGAGAAAUGGACACAGAGCACCAAUCUCGACCUUACGGAAGUGCGUAACGAUGGUUUCGUGGACACCUCCUUUGCUGAUACGAUGCUGAAAGAGAAGGAUAUCCUCUCGAUCUUCCGUUCAAGGCUGUUCCACCGUUAUUUCCCUUGGUUUAACAAGUCGAAGGCAGCCUUCUUGAACUACCACAACCUUUUCGAAGAACUCAACCUCCCAAGUUACAUUCCAAUGCUGGAGAAACUGGUGCUUUUUCCCAUGCGUCUUAUCAGAGAGAUCAUACGAAUUCGUCUUAUCUAUGCAAGAAAGUUGGAAUCACCCACGAUGAUGAUGAUCGAUGAGAUGAUUGAUGAUUUUUCCCUCUACGUCACGCUCGCAGUUGGUAUAAAACAAGCAUUUAUCCAUUAUACUGUUGGCUGGGACAUACACAUGGAGGCAUAUGAAGGUUACGAUGAAACUGUGUUCGAGGCUAUCAAAUAUCUCUUUGGCCUGAUCCACCGGAAACUGAUCAACACAGCAACAAAGUCUUUCAAGACUUUCAAAGAACCAGAUGAUCUUGAAAGUAUAUGGAAACUAGCAAAGAAUGUUGGAUGCUUCAUCGAUCUGGCUGGUCCAGAAGUUGUAUUUCAAAUUGCAUCAUUGACAACAAAGUUGGUUCAACGUCUAACGGUUUACAUCUCUCAACAAAACAAAGCUAUUGAAACUAUCAUCAACAGCGAUAAAACACCAGAGCAGAAGGAACACGAAGCAAUGGCAAUGGUGGAUAGUUCAUUGGAUAAAUUCAACAACGUGAGAAGAAAGUUGUCAAAGUUCUACUCUGUCAUUAAGAAAUCAUACAGUAAUGCUGCGCUGUUCAACGUUGCAAGACCUGCCCUGUUUCUGGAAGCUUUGAAGAACAAUGACCACUUCUUGAUCCAGACAGGAUACUCAACUGGUAUCUAUCUGGUGGCGUCGAGUGAUCUAUACGGAAAAGAUGACGAAAUUAUAAAAAUUAUAAAGGGCUCUGAACUGGGAUCUGACCUCUUCAAGCCACCUUCUCAAAUAUCUGAUAUCCAUCUUGACUACUACGAAGAGGAUGAAGAUGACAACGUUGGCUACAUUCUUGUUAUUCAUGCCAAUAGACCAAUGUUGUGGGAGGGCUCUAUUGUAUCCAUUCCAGGAGUCACUGAUGUGUUGGUUGAUACGAACCCUGGUGAAGUGUUGUUGGUGACCCAGGGAGCUUCUCAAACGCUUCGUUACACGAAGACUAUCUUUAGCGAUAUUAUGGGAGACUAUGUGACAUUUAUUGAGAACAGACCAAGUCUUACGUCUGUUCAUAGAGAAUUGGUCAGAACUGAGAAACUAUUCUUCAAAUUGGCUGUUUCCAUGUUUCCUGAAUUCUUCAAGCUUAAAGCCAUGAUCCAGACUCUUAAUAGAAGCCCUGAAGGGUUGCAGUAUCUUUACUGCUUUAUCAGAGACAUGAUGAAGAACUACAUCAAGUUCGUGGAGGGUCCAAAGAAGACUGUCAUAGUGAAGAAGAUGAUAACGCUUGGUAUAGACUGGGUCAGUUUCGUCGUUGAUGAUUGUAUUCCAACUGAUAAGAAAACGUUCAGAUGGUGUGUCACUGCACUUGAAUUUGCCAUGGAGGUUUCCAGAGGCUUUAAUAUCUUAACUUUGAAAGAUGAACAGUUUAACAAGCUCAAGGAGAAAGUUGCCGGGUGUAUGUCCCUACUGAUCUCACACUUUGAUAUCAUGGGUGCGAGAUCAAGUGAAGCUGAAAAGAAGAUAAUCACUAAUUUGCCCAACGCAGAUCAGGAUGAGAAGGCCAUUAUCGAACACUACAGGGCACAAACCAUGGAAAAGCUCAGGGCUUUGGAUGAGGCACUUCAAGUGCAAAACGUUGGUAAAGUGUUGGAUGACACCAUGCAGGAGAACCAAUAUCUGUCAUUCCUUGCGUCAUCCUUCUCAAGUCUUUCUAUCAGAUGGCAAAAGAGAAAAUUCAUCGGUGGUGGUUCGUUUGGAAGUGUGUUUUCAGCUUUAAACUUGGACACCGGUGGAGUGCUGGCCGUGAAGGAGAUCAGAUUCCAAGAUGUGCAAUCAAUUAAACAAGUUGUCCCACAGAUUAAGGAGGAAAUGACGGUGUUAGAGAUGUUGAACCAUCCAAACAUCGUUCAGUACUAUGGUGUUGAAGUCCACCGUGACAAAGUGAACUUGUUCAUGGAGUUCUGUGAAGGAGGCUCACUAGCAUCUCUGUUGGAACAUGGUCGCAUUGAAGAUGAAACAGUGAUUCAGGUAUAUGCCCUUCAGAUGUUUGAAGGUCUUGCUUAUCUCCACGAGAUGGGCGUUGUUCAUAGAGAUAUCAAACCAGAGAACAUUCUCUUGGACCACAAUGGCUUGAUCAAGUUUGUUGAUUUCGGAGCAGCAAAGGUGAUCGCUAAGAAUGCCACCAAGAAGGCAGCAACAAAGAUGAACAGCAUGACAGGAACCCCCAUGUAUAUGUCUCCUGAGGUGAUCACUGGCAACUACGGCUCUAAAUAUUCUCUCGACGUGUGGUCAACAGGAUGCUGUAUCCUGGAAAUGGCCACGGGCCGUCGACCAUGGGCCAACCUGGACAACGAGUGGGCUAUCAUGUAUCAUAUCGCAGCUGGCCAUCUUCCUCAAUUCCCAACAAAGGACCAACUGAGUGAGGCCGGGAUCAAGUUCCUGUACAGAUGUCUCGAGCGUGAUCCUCACAAGAGACCGUCAGCGCAGAAACUGUUGGAUGACCCAUGGCUCGUUGAGAUCAGAAUCCUGGCCUUUGGAGACAGCACAAGCUCGUCAGAAGUGUCAAGUGACAUUGGAGCCUGA